GGUGCGCCAAAAUAUCGAUAUGGCAAUUUAUCGCGAUAUUUUCUCCCGCGAUCGAUUCUCGAUGCGCUCUUGCCAAGUAUCGAUCUUAAAAGCCGUUAUAAAACGCUCUAUUAGUAUUCAUUAUGCCUUGACCCUUCUCCAGAAGUAGAUAGGGGGCGCGCGAUGCGAGUUUGGCUGUUGUGUUGUGAGCGUAAAAGAAGACGUACACACACUUGAAAUGGCGGAGUCAAGCGAGAAAAUUAGAAGUGAGAGCAAGAAGUUAAAGGACGCUCCAGCAACAUUUAAAUCCAAAGUGUGGACUUACUUUGGAUUUUAUAACAGUGCUGACGGGGCAAAGCUAGAAAAGGACUACACAAUAUGCAAGAACUGCUUUGCAAAAGUCCGCUACACGGGAAACACGACCAACAUGCACAGCCACCUCUCGCGGCAUCACCCGGAGCUCUGUGAGAAAGCCGUGGUUGGUGCUGGCUCAAAGCCGACACACCCCGGCGUAAACACCCUUUUCCAGGCAAAGCUGCCACCUUGUUCUGCUAGGGCAAAGUCAAUCACAAAUGGGAUCGCUGUUUACAUGUGUAAAGGGCUCCGUCCGUACAGCGAGGUGGAGAACGAAGGGUUCUGCUUUUUAAUGAAUAUCUUAGAGCCACGCUUUGAUAUUCCCUCUCGGAAAUAUUUUGCUGAAAAAAUGAUUCCGGCACUUUAUGACCAGACCAGGGCUAAAGUUGAGUCGGCACUCGAGUCGGCAGAAAGAGUAGGGCUCACGUGUGACGGAUGGACAUCGAGAGCCACAGAGUCCUACAUAACGGUCACUGUACAUUUUAUAAACGAAGACUGGGAAAUUAAGUCAUAUGUCCUGCAAACCCGAGCAAUGCACGAAACGCACACUGGGACACACAUUGCCGAUGUACUGAAAGCCGCAGUGGGGGAGUGGAAUCUUGACGCUAAGAAGCCAGUGGUUGUCACCGACAACGCAUCAAACAUGCGUGUAGCAAUGGACUUGACAGGAUACCAACAUGUUAGAUGUUUUGCUCAUGUUUUAAAUCUUGCAUCCCAACGUGCGCUGAAAAUAGCUGCUGUUACCAAGGUACUUGUCAAAGUUAGGAGGAUCUCAACAUUCUUUCAUCGAAGCACAACUGGAGCAGAAGCACUGAAAAGAAACCAGGAGCUCCUUGGCCUCCCCCUUCACAAGCUCAUCACGGACAUGCCUGUUCGUUGGAAUAGUGCCUAUGAGAUGAUCUCCAGGUUUCUUGAGCAACAGCCAGCUGUCUGUGCUGCCCUCUUAUCACCAGAGGUGAGAAAGAAUGUGACUGACUGUGCUCUGACAGAGAAUGACAUCUCAAGUGCUGAAGAGAUGGUGGAAGCAUUUAGACCAAUGCUUGUGGCAACAAAUAUCAUGUGUGAGGAAAAGAAUCCCACCAUUUCAGUGGUUGCUCCUCUUCAUGCCCAACUGCUGCGAGACACAACCAGCACUGAAGAAGAUUCCCCUCUGGUUCGAGAGAUUAAGGGAGCCAUCAAUCAAGACCUUUCAAAGAGAUAUCAAUCAGAGGUGGAAAAAGAUCUCCUACGCAUGUCCUCAGCCCUGGACCCUAGAUUUAAAUCCCUUUUAUUUCUGUCACCUGAAGAAGUGCAAGACACUUAUGCAAAACUACAGUCAAAAGCUGCAGCUUUAAAAGAGGAUGAUCCAGUGCCUUGUGGUGAUGUUCAGGGGGAUUUAGAGGAAGAGGAGACCUGCACAGCAAAAAAAAGAAAGUCUGCACUUGUUGAUCUUCUUGGUCAGACCUUCAAGAAGACCUCUUAUGUCUCUACAUCAGCAACCUCAAUUGCAGAGAAGGAGAUAAAACAAUAUCAAGAUGCUCCUUCUCUGCCUCUCACUGAAGAUCCACUGUUGUGGUGGAAAUCUCAGCAACAUGUGUUCCCUCUCCUUUCCAAGCUGGCCCAUAUGCAUUUGUGUAUUCCUGGGACCAGUGUAGCAGCUGAGAGGGUCUUUUCAACUGCAGGAGAUAUUAUCAGUGCCCAAAGAAGUUCACUCACUCCUGAACAUGCUGACCAACUCCUCUUUCUCAAGAAAAAUAUGAACAUAUAAAAUGCAUCACAUGAAGCUGUUUUCUAUUUUGUUCUGAAAAAUGUUUAUUUUUGAAUGCACUUUAAGUUAGGUACAUUUUAGAUGUACUUUAUCCCUGAUAUAUUUUAUUUUUUAUUUGAAAGCAGUAGCCCAAAGGUUUAUGUUUCUUGCACUUAAUAGUGUCACUGUUCAUGUUUAUGAAGGACAAUCAUAUAGUAUUGUUUACACUGAAUCUGUCCUCAGCCUUACAGCUGUUUUGCACCCAAAUGGUGUCACCGUUUGUCGAAAACAUAGUAUUACUACUGAUUGCAGCAAUGUUACACUAAAAUAGUGUCUGUGACUGUUUUGUUGCAACUAAGUCACAACUUGUUUUUGUUUCAUCCAAAAAUAAAUAAAUGGAGACUCAUUUUACUAAUUAAAAAAAAAACUUCUUAUUUCUUAAAACAUGAUAUAUUGUGAGUUAUUACUGAUAAUAUAUUGAUUAUCGCCAUAUCGUGAUAUUAUCAUAUCGUGAGCAAUGUGUCGCGUAUCGUAUCGUAUCGUGAAGUACCCAGUGAUUCCCAGCC